UGCCGUUCUUUCGUUAGCUGUUGUGAGUCGCGUUGCUGUGCACAUGACAAAUGAUUCGGAAUCUGAUUCCGAGCCAGAUUCUGAGUCGGAGCUUGAAAAUUAUGCUGGUUUGAAGAUCAGAAAGUUGCCAGUGGUUGGAGUACUGCUUCUUGUGCUCUGUGAGCGGCUCACGUAUUAUACCCUAGCAGGCACCCAAAAGAUCUAUCUCCAGAACCAACUGAAGAAGAUGCCAUCCACUUCCGCUGCGUUGAAUGCCAUCUUCAACAUGUUGUGCUCUUUCUGGUGCUUACCUGGUGGUCUGCUGGCAGACUCAAUCGGUCGCUACAAAGCCAUCAUCGCUGCUGGCAGCGUUUAUGCCAUUGGGACCAUUUGUGUCGGCAUUUCUGUGAUCUACGAACUUCAAGCUGCCCUUGGAUGGCUAUUCAUUGUGGGCAGCCUGGUGCUGAUUGCUAUGGGAAGUGGUAGUAUCAGGCCCAACUUAGCAAACUUUGGUGCGGACCAAAUUGGAAAUGCAUCUGAGAAACAAAGAGAGUGUCAAAAAACAUUCUUUUCCCUCCUCUACCUGUCCGUCAACAUUGGUGUCUUGAUAGCCUUUGGCUUCCUUGCCAACACAACGACAGAUGGGCUUGCUGGCGUGGUUCCGCAGCAAGAGGGGUAUUAUUUUGCCUAUGCCUCUGGGGCAGGUUGCAUGAUUCUGGCAGUAUUGAUAUUUGUGGGUUUCACAGGAUCAUAUAGAAUGCUCCCAGGAAAUGGAUUGGGACCUGUCCGGCUCUUGAUUCGGUACCAAUACUAUUCUGUGUGGAAUGGAGGCGGUUCGCGGGCUGCAAUGUCUCUUGUCGGCUUCCUUUGCCUUCCUUUGUUCUACAUUGUGACGCUGGCUGAUAUUCUUCUGUCAGCUGCUGAGAAAUCGAGCACAGAAGUUUUCACCGACCCUUGCGCAGCACCUCUCACAGAGGCACCUCCUCGUAUGCUUCAUGGUGGUGGUGGAGGUGGCAAUGGGGACGAGGUUCUCAGCGACAUUGCGUUGGUGUUGGGAUCCAUGGCAUGUAGCUUCCUUGCCGUCGCCAAUGUCAACUGCACCUGGGUGCAAGAACUCAAGCAGGAGGUGAACUUCGGAGCAAAGGAUGCACGUCGAACCUUUGCAGCCAUUCCGACGAUCAUUGUGGUGAAUAUAGCCUUCAACCUUUGUUUCAACUCGAUGAGCAAUGCUUUCCCUUCCCAAGCUUGUCAAAUGGACCUGAGAAUUGGUAGUAUGCAGCUAAAUGGUGCCUUUUUCCACGUCGCAGAUGCAAUGGCGGUUGUCAUCUUUACUCCCAUCUUUGAAUUUUGCUUGUACCCGGUGAUUGCACGCGUGAAAGGCUCGCCAGUCCGCUUCGGCCAGAAGAUCGUUGCGGGUUUGGUCAUGGCAGCUAUCUCCAACGUCGCUGCAGCCAUUCUUGAGUUCAUGCGGAAAGACGCUCCAUUCCUCUGUGGUGAUGCGGGCUUUUCUCACUGUGCCCCCGGUUUCUCUGAAGAUGGGACAGAGGGGACACGAAUGAAAGACAUCAGCGCAUUUUGGAUGUUCAUUCCAUUUGUAUUUGUUGGCAUCGCAGAGAUUCUGGUCAACCCAUCAAUGUAUUGCUUCGCAUAUGAAGCAGCUCCACUAGAGGUUCGAUCCCUCCUCCAAGCCAUCAAUUUUUUCUUUCGGGGCUCUGUGUCGAAUGCUUUUACUGCCCUUGUUUCAAAACUUUUUUUCCCAAAUGACUUGGACAAGGGUAGUUUAGACAGCUACUACUUUGUGAAUGCCGCUUUGGCAGCGAUUGGAAUUAUUGUGCACUUUGCUAUUACACACCGUUGAGACCACACAUUGCCAUGGAAAAAUUUGGAUGUGGGGCCUCUGGAAGAAGACUCCUCGGACGGUGUUUGAUUCAAGGCUCGGCGUUCGAAUUUUGGACGCUGUUCAAAGGGAUGUUUUGUUCCCAACAGCAAUGACUGUUGGGUUUCCAUCUCUGGGUCUGCGCUGAUUUUUGCGAGCCCAAAAAGCGGAACAAAAAAAAGUUGAAAACAC